AUGCCUCGAGUUGAUGUUGAAGUCCAAGUUACAGCCUGCACUGUUGGAGGCAAUGACCGAAAAAUCGUCUGUGAAACUCUGGUAGACGGCGGCGCAAACAGCUAUCCACCAGAAAAUGACGAGAACCCUAUUAACAUGCCGCCGGAUUUCCCGCCGGAAUCUUUUCGCGUAUCAAAGGACGCAGAAUAUGACUGGUUUGAUCGACACGCCUUUUAUGACCGCAAAGAAUCCACCAAAGGCAAUUCAAACUCAGCCACCAACCUGAAUUCGAACAUAAACCCCGGUUCAAACUCCAACUCUCAGCGGUUUUCCGCUAACUUGAAGUCCAAGGUCUCAAUGAUUGGACUGCCAAAAACCCAGAAAACCACCCAUGUUGACUCCAGAAGAAAGAACUGCAAACCGGCCAAUAUAAGGCUGUUUCCAAAACGGCCCGAGUCAGUUGGAAGGACGACAGUUUCCGUGGCUGAACCAUCUUCGCCGAAGGUUUCUUGCAUGGGGAGAGUUAGAUCAAAGCGUUGCCGGCGUAGAUCAAAUUCCUUGAAAAAGAAUGAGAAACCGGAUGACAAACCAAGAAUCGAUGGUGAAAAGUUAAAAACCGGGUUUUAUUCAAAGGUAAUUAGUAUGUUCCGGCCCAAGAAGGGUCAUAAAAAACCGGUUAGAUGCAGAAGUGGAAGAGAAGAGGAGGAGCCAACGGUGGUCGAGCCGAUGAGGAAGUGUGCAAGUAUUAGAGUGCGUGAUAUUCCGUUUUCGGUUGAACCAGUAGCUGAGCCGCCCGGUUUGGGAGAGAUGAUGCGGUUUGCAUCCGGUCGGAGGUCCCAGUCUUUGUCCGCAGAGGACAUUAAUCAGAGCAGUUAA